UUCCCACGGACCGAUGGCCGCCGCAAGAUCGCUACAUGUUGACAAUUUCGGGCCAAUUUUUUUCCGCAUUUUGGGGACGUUUCAACUUGAGAUUCACGGUACACAAGGCGAGAUUAUAAACCUUUGUAAGUCUGGGAAUAGUACAGCUCUUGGACGCGUGUAAGCUUAGCGAUUUCGGGCCAAAUCCGCUUCAUUUUAAAACUGAUUUUAAACACCGUACACAUCGAUAGUGAAGACAAUACGCUCUCAAUAUGGACGGCUAUUACUAACUGGUCUGUUCUCAUAAAGUUUGCCUUGGAAUUGUUUUUGUAAAGAAAUAGAGCUACAUAAAGACGUCUUCGUUUGUUAUGGCAAAUCAGGGUUUUCAAAACCCACUCACAAUGUACGAUUAUACAUCCUUGGCCACGCUACGGCAUCACCCAAAUUUUGAAUCACAAUACACGGCCGAGUUUCCUAAAAGAGCAAGACUCGAUUGGAAUGGUCCUACACCGAAUUCAGGGACGUAUGCUGUCUUGAAUAACAUAAACUACAGAGUUCCGAAUACACAUUAUUCUGAAAAUCAGUUGGCCCACCGCGUCGCAAGUACAACAGCUUUUCCAACUUCAAACGAGCCCACUUAUGCGGCACAUGCCCCAUACUUUCCUGCAAAGAACAGAACAAAUAUCCAGUACUCUAUUCCAACAAAUGCCCCUCGUGAUCCAUCAAUAAAUCGAACCCUCCCCAUCAGUCCAGCACCUUCCCCACCACAAGCAACAGAGGAACCUAUUGAAAGCACAAUAGAGAGGCCGUCUGGAUGUCGUCUUACUCAAGAAGCAAUGCGCAAAUAUCUACAAGAUCUUGCGAAUAACGAGCUUCUCAAUCAAACUGUUAUCAUUCUUCAUGCGAAAGUCGCACAAAAAUCGUAUGGGAAUGAAAAAAGGUUUUUCUGCCCACCGCCUUGUCUAUAUUUGGUCGGACAAGGUUGGAACUGCCGGAAGAGUUACAGCACCACUUCGAAAGAGCGCGACAAGGAUUCGGAAACUGUCGCUUUCAUCGGAAUAUCAAGUGGGAACCAUGGGGAACACGAGUAUCAGCAGUUGUCAAUGGAGGAUAGACUUGUUGAUAAGAAAUACUGUUACGGUGCUGCAAAAACCUUGUUCAUAUCCGACACAGAUAAAAGAAAGAAUUUUGUACUGUCUGUCAAACUUCAUCAUCCGAAUGGCGACGCUGUUGGUGUCUUUAGCUCGAAAAGGAUUAAGGUCAUAUCCAAACCAUCGAAGAAAAAGCAAUCGCUAAAGAACGCUGAACUAUGUAUCCAAUCUGGCACCACAGUCGCGCUCUUUAACCGCCUACGAUCACAGACCGUAAGCACCCGAUACCUCCAUGUGGAGGAUGGAAAUUUUCGAGCAAGUAGCACGCAAUGGGGAGCAUUUACGAUUCAUUUACUAGAUGAUGAUGAGUCUGAAAGUGAAGAAUUUACCGUCAAAGAUGGAUACAUACAUUAUGGUUCGACCGUUAAACUGGUUUGUUCUGAAACUGGCAUGGCUUUACCAAGACUUAUAAUUCGUAAGGUUGACAAACAGACUGCAUAUUUAGAUGCUGAUGAUCCAGUUUCCCAACUUCACAAGGUGGCUUUUUAUAUGAAAGAUACUGAACGAAUGUACCUUUGUUUAUCGCAAGAGCGAAUUAUUCAAUUCCAGUCGACCCCCUGCCCGAAGGAUCCUAAGAAAGAAAUGAUUAACGAUGGGGCCUCGUGGACAAUUAUAAGCACGGACCGAGCGGAGUACACAUUCUACGAGGGCAUGGGUCCCAUAUCGUGUCCCAUCACUCCAGUGCCUAUAGUGUCACGGCUCGAGUUGAAUGGCGGUGGUGAUGUUGCGAUGCUGGAGUUGACUGGUCAGAACUUCACUGCAAAUCUAAGAGUCUGGUUUGGAGACGUCGAAGCAGACACAAGUUACAGGUGUGCUGAAAGUCUUCUGUGUCUUGUCCCGGACAUCUCAGCAUUCCAGUGCGCAUGGAAGUUCGUACGUCAGCCGACCCAGGUCCCCGUCAGCCUGGUGCGCAAUGACGGGAUCAUUUACCCUACGAACCUGACUUUUACCUACACGCCCGAAGCCGAGGAACGACCUCGAUGCAUCGAAGCGAAGGUCAUACGAAAGGGCUUCUCAUCGGCGAGUUCCGAUGCUACCCUUCGCGAUGACGUCACCUCUGGUGUCCAACGAUGACGUCAUAAUACAAUAUUUCUCGUAAUCUCGUGAUGUAUUUGAUGACGUCGACGUCGUUACGUCACGUGAUCAUGCUGGCGAUGUCACGUGGUAGAAACGUUCCUCAUCGGUGAUGUGAUGUCUUGGUGACGUCAGUGAAAUGGCGUAUAGUGACGUCAUUUGAUGAUGUCACUCGAAUAUAAAUAGAGCGCUAUUUCUCGUGUUUUUAGAUGUCAUAAAAUGACAGUUGUAUAUAUAAGCUAAUGUCAGCGAACAUGUAAUCUCGAUUGCGACAAUAACGACUCGAUUAAGGCCACUAUAUGAUGUCAUGUGAUUACAUUCUGACGUCAUCAGCGAACUAACAAGAAAGGUGUAAUAUAACUUUAUUUGGAAACUGUUCGACAUAUUCUUUAGAGAUAUUCAUAGAUCACUUGCUAUCACACAGGUUUCGAAACAAGUGCGUGCAAGUGACGGUAUUAGGUGUUGAAAGUUCAACGUGGUUUGAUAUUUUAUAUGCGUUCAGACGAUAAAACAUUAAGAGAGAUGUUAUGUUAUCUUCAUCUUAAAUGUAUAUACGUUCAUUCAGUAUAAUACUGAAAUUGUAAAUAAAGU